AUGGUGUUGUCCUGUGAGUCUAGUGCAGUGUUUGAUACUGGUAAAGAAAUCCCAGUCACAGGAAUCUUUCAAGACGAACAACAUUAUUGGGUUACCAAAGACAGUCGUAAACAAUCAAGACGUCGUAUACGAUCCGCUUUCCGAUCAUUACGGGUGGAGACCAUUCAGACCGAGCUACAGUUAUCCUUAUGAGAAUAUGCCACAAUACGAGUACUAACUGUAUACACUGUGCAGAGAACAAUAGUAUUAAUAUCAUCCUACAAUAUUAAAUAAUAAUAAUUAGUGUAAAAUACGUGUAAAAGUACCAAGUAAGUAGUGUACUACGGAUCCCUUUUGUCAAUGUUAAACCGUUUCAAAUAUUUAAACUUAACUCCCAAGUGCAAUGAUUCGGAAAAUAAUAUUAUGUUAAUUUAUGAGAUUAGCUCGUGUGAACUACUGAGUGCAAGAUUUUUUAUUUUUUUAUGUUAAACAAGUGAGAUGAUUAUAUUUAUCUCCGUCUAACUGAUCAGUAAAGGAUAGUUACUAUAGGUCCAUAACUAAUAUUUAUACUGAUUUUACCAAAUGUAGUUAAAAAGAAAAACCGGAUAAAUAUUUAAGCAUUAUUGAUUAUCCGGAACGCAGAUACACCUGCACUAUAAUAUAUAGC